CCCAGGACCCUGUAUUCACUAUAUCUGGUCUCCCAGGACCCUGUAUUCACUAUAUCUGGUCUCCCAGGACCCUGUAUUCACUAUAUCUGGUCUCCCCGGACCCUGCAUUCACUAUAUCUGGUCUCCCCGGACCCCGCAUUCACUAUAUCUGGUCUCCCCGGACCCCGCAUUCAUUAUAUCUGGUCUCCCCGGACCCUGCAUUCAUUAUAUCUGGUCUCCCCGGACCCUGCAUUCAUUAUAUCUGGUCUCCCCGGACCCUGCAUUCAUUAUAUCUGGUCUCCCCGGACCCUGCAUUCAUUAUAUCUGGUCUCCCCGGACCCUGCAUUCAUUAUAUCUGGUCUCCCCGGACCCUGCAUUCACUAUAUCAGGUCUCCCCGGGCCCUGCAUUCACUAUAUCUGGUCUCCCCGGACCCCGCAUUCACUAUAUUUGGUCUCCCCGGACCCUGCAUUCACUAUAUCUGCUCUCCCAGGACCCUGCAUUCACUAUAUCUGGUCUCCCCGGACCCCGCAUUCACUAUAUCUGGUCUCCCCGGACCCUGCAUUCACUAUAUCUGGUCUCCCCGGACCCUGCAUUCAUUAUAUCUGGUCUCCCCGGACCCUGCAUUCAUUAUAUCUGGUCUCCCCGGACCCUGCAUUCAUUAUAUCUGGUCUCCCCGGGCCCUGCAUUCACUAUAUCUGGUCUCCCCGGACCCCGCAUUCACUAUAUUUGGUCUCCCCGGACCCUGCAUUCACUAUAUCUGCUCUCCAGGACCCUGCAUUCACUAUAUC